AUGUAUGCCACAAGUACACAGAAACGAGAAUGGACAUUUACAAAGGAAGAGCUUCAGGAAAGGCGAAGAAAGGCGAAUGAAGCGUUCCGAGCCAAGCAAGCUGAUUUGCUGCAACCUGGAGAAGAAGCCAUAUUCCUAACCCCUGAGGAGGAAGCAAAGAUGAUCGCGGUCGUGGAAAGUGCCGCAAUAAGGUUUUCCGAUACCUUUCAACCGUAUAUGUGGCCAUCAGUUCGAUGGACAGCCUAUGCUUAUUUCAAGCGGCUUUUUCUCGACUGGUCAGUAAUGGAAGCUAGUCCAAAGAUAGUGAUGAUGGCAUGUUUCUACCUUGCAAUGAAAGUUGAAGAAUUUUAUGUAACUAUUGAUGAGUUUGUCGGUAACUUGAAAUCUGGAACUCCGGAGCAGAACACUACCAGAAUUUUGGGAUUAGAACCAGAAAUUAUGCGAGCUCUUCGUUAUCAGAUAACUAUACAUUGCCCCUAUCGACCGUUUGAAGGACAUUUGAUGGAAAUGAAAACGCGUAUGCUGCUUCUCAAUUUCAAUGUUGAGUCCAUUCGAGAGCCUGCGGACCAGUUUUUCAGGCAAGCACUCCUCUCGGAUGCAAUGCUUAUGUAUCCGCCGUCUCAAAUAGCUCUGGCUGCUUUGAAAUAUGGCUUAGAUUCACUAGACAAAUCUCCCGAUGUUCUCACAGAGUUUCUGCAGAAGCUCAUGGGUGUUGAGGAUGAUUGGAAGGGUAUGCAUGGAGAUGCCCUUCAGACUAUCGAAAAACUCAUAAACAGAUUAGCAGAUAUUGUCGAGGUUGUCAACAAUGUCCCAAAGCCACUGACCCAUGAGGAGCAAGCGUCCAUUCAGGCAAGGACUGAUGAUUGGUCAGCUUUGAACACCGCGCUGGAGGAACGUCGUCAGUCUCGGAACCAGGUUACAUUAAAAAAGAGGAACCCGGUGGAUUCAGAUGAUGACUAG